ACUCAACUUCCGACCUCCCAGCAAUCUUCAUCCUCACAUCGUUUCUUCUCAUUCAGCGACCACACGACGCUUAGAUUGCAUGAGACUUCACCUUCUCACUGCCUCUACUACUGCAUAGAGCAUCGCUAUCAUCAUCUACCUCACAUCACACCAAUAUGUCGCUUUGCAAAGCUACCAUGCCGUCUCCGGUGACAUCAUCCGCCACGAUUCUCGGCUGGCUCAGACAGUCGUCCACCAGACGUUCCGCGCAGACCUGUCGCCUGUUCUCCUCAUACGGAAAUGCUCAUCGGUCCUCGAAGCGUGACAUGCAGACUGCCACGGCCUAUCGUCCACACUCGCUGCCCACCUCCUUCCCGCCGCCCCGGAGCACCGGCACCGACUCCAUCGCCGCAGACUUCCCCUCCUUCCGCGAGAUGUCCCAACCUCAGUUGCCUGGCCAGGAGGGCCUUUCCAACCUGACUCUCAGAGAAAGGGAAGCCCAAAAGUCCAAGCCUGUUGAGACCACCUCCACCGCCCCAUCCACCACCACCGCCAAACCCACCGAGAAGCCCCGUCGGAAGCUGCGUGCCAGAAAGGCUGCCAUGAAGGUGACACCCGUGGCGAUCGAGCAGCUUCGCAAGCUCCUAUCGCAGCCCGACCCCAAGCUGAUCCGAGUCGGUGUGAAGAACCGUGGCUGCUCCGGGCUCGCCUACCACCUGGAGUACGUGGAAAAGCCGGGCACCUUCGACGAGGUGGUGGAACAGGACGGCGUCAAGGUCCUGAUCGACAGCAAGGCUCUGUUCAGCAUCAUCGGCAGCGAGAUGGACUGGCAGGAAGACAAGCUGAGCAGGAGAUUCGUCUUCCGCAACCCCAAUAUUAAGGAACAAUGCGGAUGCGGCGAAUCCUUCAUGGUAUAAUCGGUCGACCGGAUCGAUGUUAAUGUGUUUUUCAUAUUAUACGGAUUACGUGGGUUUUCGCGUUUGUGCAUUGGCCGGCGUUUGGUGGGCGGUUCCUGGAUUCGGAUCAUCCUUUUUUACAUUGCUGGACAUACAUUAUUGAUUCCCGGGCAAGGCCCACUACUGUGCAAUACAUUAUUUGUUACUUGUUUAAUUGGUGAUGGAUGAAGACUGAUUCUGUGGGGGUUAUGGACAGACGGGACAAGAAACAUGUCCCAACUGCCAGCGACACUGGCUCUCCUAUCACCCAGGACCAGAAAAUAUCCAAUAACCAGAUCACCUCUUCUCAAGCGCCUAACUUCCCCCCUCAACCCCAAACAGUACCUAGCAACCAAAACAACCAAAACAUAACAUAACACAAG